AUGGUGGCUAAUCUUUUCAAGAGCCUGAUUUUACCUUACAUACAUAAGCUUUGCAAAGGAAUGUUUACAAAGAAAUUGGGAAAUACAAACAAAAAAAAAGAGAAUCGUGAGCAGAAAAGGGAUCAAGACUUUCCUGCUGCCGGCCACACCAAAACCCCCAGACUUUCUAAUACCUUGAAAAGUACCGUAAAGAAGAUUGCCAAGUGUUCAUCCACUCGCAACUUAUCCACUGAAGAAGACGAAGCUAACAAAGAAUUUUCCCUCUCACCAACAUUCAGUUACCGAGUAGCUAUUGCCAAUGGCCUACAAAAAAAUAUUCAUGUAACCAACAGUGAUAAUGAAGAUCUGCUUCAAGAGUUAUCUUCCAUUGAGAGUUCCUACUCAGAAUCCCUCAAUGAACUAAGGAGUAGUGCAGAAAACCAGCCACAGUCAACACUCAUGAUGCCGGUUAAACGCAAUAGGAAGAGUUCAAGCAGCCUGGCUCCUUCGGAGGGCAGCUCUGACGGGGAACGCACUCUGCAUAGCUUAAAACUAGGAGCUUUACGUAAACUGAGGAAAUGGAAGAAGAGUCAAGACUGUGUCUCCUCAGAUUCAGAGUUGAGCACCAUGAAGAAAACCUGGGGAAUAAGAAGCAAAUCUUUGGACAGAACUGCCCGAAACCCAAAGACAAAUGCCCUGGAGCCAGGAUUCAGUUCCUCUGGCUGUAUUAGUCAAACACAUGAUGUCAUGGAAAUGAUCUUUAAGGAACUUCAGGGAAUAAGUCAGAUUGAGACAGAACUUUCUGAGCUACGAGGGCAUGUCAAUGCCCUCAAGCAUUCCAUCGAUGAGAUCUCCAGCAGUGUGGAGGUUGUACAAAGUGAAAUUGAACAGCUACGUACAGGGUUCGUCCAGUCUCGGAGGGAAACCAGAGACAUCCAUGAUUAUAUUAAGCACUUAGGCCAUAUGGGUAGCAAGGCAAGCCUGAGAUUUUUAAAUGUGCCCGAAGAAAGAUUUGAAUACGUUGAACUUGUGGUGUACCAAAUUCUAGUAGAUAAAAUGGGUUUUUCAGAUGCACCAAAUGCGAUUAAAAUUGAAUUUGCUCAGAGAAUAGGACACCAAAGGGACUGCCCAAAUGCAAAGCCGCGGCCCAUACUGGUGUACUUUGAAACUCCUAAGCAAAGGGAUUCCGUCUUAAAAAAAUCAUAUAAACUCAAAGGAACAGGUAUCGGAAUCUCAACAGAUAUCCUUACUCAUGACAUCAGAGAAAGAAAAGAGAAAGGGAUACCAUCUUCGCAGACAUAUGAGAGCAUGGAUAUAAAGUUGUCUACUCCAGAGCCCCAAAUCAAGAAGAAUAAUUGGCAGCUACCAGAUGACAGUGAUGGAGAGCUGGAAUCUGACCUCAAUAGAAACAGUUAUGCUGUGCUUUCCAAGUCAGAGUUUCCAACAAAGGGAAGUAUUUCCAAGUCAAGUUCAAAAUCACACAAUGCUAGAGCCAAAAAUAAAACUGCCAGUAGCAGCAAAAUUUCAAAUAAAUCAGAUUAUAAUAAAAUUUCCUCACAAUUGCCAGAAUCAGGUACCUUGGAAAAGCAAACUACAACCCAUUAUGGAGAUGCCACACCCCUCUGGCAUUCACAGAGUGAUUUUUUUACUGCAAAGCUUAGCCGUUCUGAAUCAGACUUUUCCAAAUUGUGUCAAUCUUACUCUGAGGAUUUUUCAGAAAAUCAGUUUUUCACUAGAACGAACGGAAGCUCCCUCUUGUCAUCUUCAGACCGGGAACUUUGGCAAAGGAAACAGGAGGGCACGCCUACCUUGUAUGACAGUCCCCAGGACCUACUUUUGGAUGGGGCUGUUCAGGGUGUCCAAGGGAACACAGAAACUGUGGAUAGUGGGAUGAGUAAUGGCAUGGUAUGUGCAUCUGGAGACCAAAGUCAUUACAGUGAUUCUCAGCUCUCUUUCCAUGAGGAUCUUUCGCCAUGGAAGGAAUGGAAUCAAGUAGAGCAAGGAGCUGAUUUAGGUUUGGAUUCAUCCACUCAGGAAGCUUUUGACUAUGACACAAACAGUCUCUCUGAUCAACAACUAGAUGUUUAUAAUAAAGACCAAGAAGACUCGGGGAAGUGCCAUAGUGACCUUCAGGAGGACUCUGAGAGCUAUGAUUUAACCCAAGAUGACAACUCGUCCCCAUGCCCUGGGUUGGAUAAUGAACCACAAGGCCAAUGGGUUGGCCAAUAUGAUUCUUAUCAGGAAGCCAAUUCUAAUGAUUUGUACCAAAAUCAAAGCCAGUUGUCCAUCAUGUAUCGAAGUCAGAGUGAAUUGCAAAGUGAUGAUUCAGAGGAUGCCCCACCCAAAUCUUGGCAUAGUCGAUUAAGCAUUGACCUUUCUGAUAAGGCUUUCAGCUUCCCAAAAUUUGGAUCUACACUUCAGCGGGCUAAAUCAGCCUUGGAGGUGGUGUGGAACAAAAGCACACAGAGCCUCAGUGGGUAUGAGGACAGUGGCUCUUCCUUAAUGGGGAGAUUUCGGACAUUAUCACAAUCAACUGCAAAUGAAUCAAGUACCACCCUGGACUCUGAUGUUUACACAGAACCUUAUUACUACAAAGCAGAAGAUGAGGAGGACUAUAGUGAACCAGUGGCAGAUAAUGAAACAGAUUAUGUUGAAGUGAUAGAACAAGUUCUUGCUAAGCUAGAAAACAGGACUAGUAUUACUGAAACAGAUGAGCCCAUGCAGGAAUAUGAUCACUCUUCUUAUGAAACACCUUAUGAAACCCCACAGGAUGAGGGAUAUGAUGGGCAGGCAGAUGAUGUGGUUAGUGAAGGAGGGUUGGAACCCUUAAAUGAAACGUUACCUGAAAUGGAAAUAAAAGAAGAUGAAAACCAAAACAUUCCUGAACAGCCCGUGGAAAUCACAAAGCCAAAGAGAAUCCGUCCCUCUUUCAAAGAAGCAGCUUUAAAAGCCUAUAAGAAGCAAAUGGCAGAACUGGAAGAGAAGAUCCUGGCUGGAGAUAGCAGUUCUGUGGAUGAAAAGGCUCGAAUAGUAAGUGGCAAAGAUUUGGAUGCUUCCAAAUUCUCUGCGCUCCAGGCAUUUGGUGGCACUGCGUGGGGACUUUAUGGUAUUGACAGUAUGCCAGAUCUCAGAAGGAAAAAAACGUUGCCUAUUGUACGAGAUGUGGCCAUGACCUUGGCUGCCCGGAAAUCUGGACUCUCCCUGGCUAUGGUGAUUAGGACAUCACUGAACAAUGAGGAACUGACUGAUAUCUCUGAGGGAGCAGCGGAGAAGAGUUCUAAGCAUGGUGCGGAAGACAAGACUCAGACUAUUAUUUCAGCUAUGAAAGAAAGAAUGAAGAUCAGGGAAAAAAACAGGCCAGAGGUUUUUGAAGUAAUUCAAGAAAUGUUUCAGAUUUCUAAAGAGGAUUUUGUUCAGUACACAAAGGCAGCCAAACAGAGUGUAUUGGAUGGGACAUCUAAGUGGUCAGCAAAAAUAACCAUUACAGUGGUUUCUGCACAAGGGUUGCAGGCAAAAGACAAAACGGGGUCCAGUGAUCCAUAUGUUACAGUUCAAGUUGGAAAGAACAAAAGAAGAACUAAAACCAUUUUUGGAAAUUUGAAUCCAGUAUGGGAUGAGAAGUUUUAUUUUGAGUGCCAUAACUCCACAGAUCGAAUCAAAGUCAGAGUGUGGGAUGAAGAUGAUGAUAUCAAAUCCAGAGUCAAGCAACAUUUCAAAAAGGAAUCAGAUGAUUUUCUGGGACAAACAAUUGUCGAAGUGAGGACCCUGAGUGGAGAAAUGGAUGUCUGGUACAACUUAGAGAAACGGACAGAUAAGUCAGCUGUAUCUGGGGCCAUUCGAUUGAAAAUCAAUGUGGAAAUAAAAGGAGAGGAGAAGGUUGCUCCAUAUCAUAUACAAUAUACAUGUUUACAUGAGAAUCUGUUCCAUUACUUGACUGAAGUGAAAUCUAAUGGUGCAGUGAAAAUCCCAGAGGUCAAAGGGGAUGAAGCCUGGAAGGUUUUCUUUGAUGAUGCUUCCCAAGAAAUAGUCGAUGAGUUUGCCAUGCGCUAUGGGAUUGAAUCCAUUUAUCAAGCUAUGACGCACUUCUCAUGUCUGUCUUCUAAAUACAUGUGCCCUGGCGUCCCUGCCAUCAUGAGCACCUUGCUGGCGAAUAUAAAUGCUUUCUAUGCUCACACGACAGUUUCAACAAAUGUGCAGGUUUCUGCCUCAGAUCGAUUUGCCGCUACCAAUUUUGGUAGGGAAAGAUUCAUAAAACUACUAGACCAGUUGCACAACUCUUUAAGGAUUGACCUGUCAAAGUAUAGGGAAAACUUCCCUGCUGGCAAUGCUGAAAGACUGCAAGACCUGAAAUCAACUGUGGACUUGCUAACAAGUAUCACCUUUUUUAGACUGAAGGUUCUGGAGCUGCAAAACCCCCCAAAGGCCAGCAUGGUGGUAAAGGACUGUGUCAGAGCUUGCCUGGAUUCUACGUACAAGUACAUUUUUGAUAAUUGCCACGAACUCUAUUCCCAGCUAAUAGACCCGAGUAAGAAACAGGACAUUCCUCGGGAAGAGCAGGGACCAACCACCAAGAAUUUGGAUUUUUGGCCCCAACUUAUUACCCUGAUGGUCACUAUUAUUGAUGAGGAUAAAACUGCCUACACACCUGUCCUGAAUCAGUUUCCUCAAGAACUGAACAUGGGAAAAAUAAGUGCUGAGAUUAUGUGGACCCUUUUUGCUCUGGAUAUGAAAUAUGCACUAGAAGAACAUGAAAAGCAGCGGUUAUGUAAGAGCACCGAUUAUAUGAAUUUGCAUUUCAAAGUGAAAUGGUUUUAUAAUGAAUAUGUGCGAGAACUCCCUGCCUUCAAGGAUGCCAUUCCUGAAUACUCCUUGUGGUUUGAGCCUUUUGUCAUGCAGUGGCUAGAUGAAAAUGAAGAUGUGUCAAUGGAGUUUCUUCAUGGAGCACUAGGAAGAGACAAAAAAGACGGAUUUCAGCAGACAUCUGAUCACGCCCUCUUCUCUUGUUCCGUGGUUGAUGUGUUUGCUCAGCUUAAUCAGAGCUUUGAGAUUAUUAAGAAACUGGAAUGCCCUAACCCUGAAGCAUUAUCUCACUUAAUGAGAAGAUUCGCAAAGACUAUCAAUAAAGUACUGCUUCAGUAUGCUGCAAUUGUAUCAAGUGAUUUUAGUUCCUACUGUGACAAGGAAAAUGUGCCCUGUAUACUGAUGAACAAUAUUCAGCAAUUACGGGUCCAGUUGGAAAAAAUGUUUGAAUCCAUGGGAGGAAAAGAGUUAGAUCCUGAAGCUAGUGCUAUUCUGAAGGAACUUCAAGUUAAACUCAGUGGAGUUCUAGAUGAGCUCAGCAUCACUUACGGGGAAAGUUUCCAGCUUAUCAUUAAGGAGUGUAUAAAACAGAUGGGAUUUGAACUAAAUCAAAUGAGAACAAAUGGAAAUACUGCAUCUAAUAAGAACAGUGCGGCAAUGGAUGCAGAGAUUGUAUUAAGACCUCUCAUGGACUUCUUGGACAAAACAUUGAGUCUCUCAGCAAAAAUCUGUGAGAAAACAGUUCUGAAGCGACUUUUGAAAGAGCUGUGGAAGCUAGUUCUAAACACAAUAGAAAAACAGAUUGUUCUCCCUGCUCUGACAGAUCAAACAGGACCCCAGAUGAUUUUCAUCACUGCUAAAGAUCUUGGACAAUUAUCGAAACUAAAGGAGCACAUGAUUCGAGAGGAUGCCAAGGGUCUGACGCUAAGACAGUGCACCAUAAUGGAGGUGGUCCUGGCUACCAUCAAGCAAUACUUUCAUGCUGGAGGAAAUGGCCUCAAAAAGAAUUUCUUGGAGAAAAGCCCCGAUCUUCAAUCUCUGAGAUAUGCUCUCAGUCUUUAUACCCAAACGACUGAUGCCUUGAUAAAGAAGUUCAUAGACACUCAAACCUCACAGAGUCGCUCCUCCAAAGAUUCAGUGGGUCAGAUCUCUGUUCAUGUGGACAUCACCACCACCCCAGGAACUGGAGAGCAUAAAGUCACUGUGAAAGUGAUGGCUAUUAAUAACCUGAACUGGCAGACCACCGCCAUGUUCCGCCCCUUUGUGGAAGUUUGUAUGCUGGGACCCAAUCUUGGAGACAAGAAGAGAAAACAAGGCACAAAGACAAAAAGCAACACCUGGUCACCCAAGUACAAUGAAACAUUUCAGUUUAUUCUGGGUAAUGAAAACCACCCAGGAGCCUAUGAACUUCAUCUCUCAGUUAAGGAUUACUGCUUUGCCCGAGAAGAUCGAAUUAUCGGAAUGACAGUGAUUCAGCUACAGAGCAUAGCAGAAAAGGGAAGCUAUGGGGCAUGGUAUCCCCUUUUGAAAAAUGUUUCUAUGGAUGACACCGGUUUGACUAUUCUUAGAAUACUCUCUCAGAGGACCAGCGAUGAUGUGGCUAAAGAAUUUGUAAGACUUAAAUCUGAAACAAGAUCUGCUGAAGAGAGUGCUUGAAAGGAAUACUGAAGAUACCAUCUUCGAGAAUGCAUAAACUAUAAUUGUUUGACUACUGCAUGCAUGUGCAAAUACAUGGGAAUGUUUAUUUCACUACAUCUCAGUGUUUGCCAGUAAUCACGUACAAUGUCUACAAGGUACGUGGAAAACCUGCUGAACUUGUAUACAUACCAUCACUGGUCUUUGGGAAAUAAAUGUUCCAUGAAGUGCCAAAAUUAUGAUGUAAAGUGAAAUAUCCAGAUCUUUUUAAAUGUUUAUUGCAUCUCAUUAACAAUUUUGCACCCACUAAGCAUA